AUGUCUGACGUCAAGACCUACACCAUGGACGAGGUGAGCAAGCACAACACCGCCGAUGACUUGUGGAUCGUAUACAACGGCCAGGUAUACGACGUCACCAAAUACUUGGAUGAGCACCCCGGUGGUGAGGAGGUCAUCUUGGACUGUGCUGGAACGGAUGCCACCGAGGCCUUCAACGAUAUUGGUCACUCUGACGACGCCCACGACAUCUUGAAGGGUUUGUUGCUUGGAAAGCUUGAGGGUGGUGUUACUGUUCAGCAGAAGGGUGUUACCACCGGCAGUGGCUCUUCUGACGUGUCUGGGUUGCCAACCCCAUUGAUUGCCAUUGGUGUUUUGGCCGUUGCUGCUGGUGUGUACUUUUACAUGCAAUAG